AUGAUGAGGGCUACGCGUCCGAAAAAGCUCACCCCCAAGCAGCCGAUACCGAUAUUUCGAGAGGAUCAGAUUGAUCUUACCGAAGAUGAUCCGCAAACUACACUACAGUCUAUCGAAACCGGCGUUGAGAAAGCUGAAGAAACUGAAUUCCAUUUGCAAGCUGCAAUAAAUGCCACUGCGUUUGGAAAUGCAGCCCAGACACAUAUCCCGACACCCGAAACUGUCCAGAGCUCAGUCCAGUAUGACACGCUCUACAGGCCUGUAUUUUCGCAGCCGGCGACGUAUAUCCGAUUCUCGUCGACCGUAGAAGACUGCAGUGGGUGCGGGUAUAAUCUUGUUGAGGAGGAUGAUGUCGCUUUGAAGAUAAUGAACCAGAAGCGGGACGCCUCAACACAAUGUACAGAGGACCAAUUCGAGGAGGUGAUGAGCUUCUUCGAAGAGACAGCACAGGCAAAACAGCCAUUUGCUGCUGUCGAUAAUCCACCUGUAGUAUCAUACCCGGAAAUGGAGGAAUGUUUCGAUGGCAUGAUACAUGAAAAGUUAAGGCCCUUUGUAAGAGAUAUAUAUGAGAGUUGGAAAUCGCGGCGGACAGCUUCAGGGAAUCGGCCCUUGCAGCCAACUUUAAAGGUAAGUCGUCCCGCUCAAGCAUGCCGUGAAACAUUCGCUGACAUCCUUUUGCAGUUUGAGACCGGGCAAGACACUGAUGAUGGUGAUCCAUAUGUUUGCUUCCGUCGUAGAGAAGUCCGACUGGCUCGGAAAACGCGAGGCCGGGAUGCACAGAGUGCUGAGAAGCUCAGACGCCUGAGAAAAGAGCUAGAAGAUGCCCGGACUCUAAUAGCCAUGGUCCAGCAACGUGAACUUGGACGAAAGGAAGUGUUCGCAGCUGAAAGGCAGCUGUUCAUGCAGCGCUGUGAGGUAAAGGAGAUGAAGCGGAAACUUGGUAUCAAGGACGAUGAUGAAGAUCUCAUCAAUCAGAAGGUAAAGCCCACAACUGAUGUGCUCGGGUUUUGUUUCAGCAUAACUGACUCGGACGUUCAGCCAAAGAAGAAACCCACAGAAGUUCCUGUUAUCCAGCGGCCAAAUGUUCCGCAGUUGCGUGUGCCUUCACGCAGCACUGGCCAGCUUGGCGAAGAUCUGCAAUUGCUUGAAGAUGUUCAAGCAGAUAAGGAAAACGAUAUUCUGCGAGAAAUCAAGCAGAACGUUGCAAAACAUGCCAAGUGGAACGAGGGUUAUGUAGACAUCACUCGAGCACCACUUACCCCAACCACACCACAAGGAUUCGAGGCUGAGUUCAGGCCGGCAAUAACGCAUGAGUACUUACCCACACCCCCUACUUCUGAGACCUCUGAACGCAUGCGGGACAUUCACAGUGGCCCAUCGCUGGAAACUCAGUGGUCAGCGCUUCGGCAGUCUAGUCCAUCGGAAGAUGAUUCAUGUAGGCCCACGCCAUCGUUCCGCCGGCGUGUAGGCCGUGGUGGUCGUGUUCUCAUCGACCGCAGAAACCUUGCACUCCGUAAUAAGGAUGGCGUGGAUCCUAUUAAGCUCGACCGGUUCAAGUAUGAUCGUGACGAUGAUGACAUGGAUAUCGUUUAUGAGAAAGACGAGUUCGAUAUCCAAAUCAUGCAACAUCGCGCGUAUCUGUCGGCCAAGGCGAGGGACCAAGCCAUAACCCAGGCUCAGCUACAAGCCCAACAACAGGCCCACGGUCAGCAAGUUCCCAAUGGUCGGCGGUUGCCUGGUGCACCUCCUACGCCCAGUCAUAAUAAUGUCAAUCCCAACUCAUCAAAUAUAGCACAGAAAGCUUAA